AUGAUUUUUGCAAAUGACGAGAUUCGUAAUAAUACUAUUCGUGAAUGUCAGCAACAACUUCAUCAAUUAAUACAACUUCCAACCGAAGAACAUAUCAUUUCAUUUAGCUCAACUAGCUUCUCUUCUAAUAACAUGUUUGCAGAUAUUAUAUUUGGCACUCAAAGAUCAAGUUCUCUGGAUGAAUUAGAUUAUUACCUUGAUUUUAGAUGGACACCCGUGGCUCUUCGUAAUUCAGAUCCUCUUUUGUGGUGGCGACAACAACAAACUCAAUUUCCGACCCUUUCAAAAUUGGCACGAAAAUACCUUGAUAUUCCUGCUACCUCUGUUCCCAGCGAGCAUCUUUUUUCAGAUGCUGGCAAUCAUAUUAUUCCACAAUGUUCCAAUUUAAAUCCAAAAUUAGUUUCUCGAAUGCUAUUUCUGAAAAGAAAUGAUGAUUUUGUUAACAUGUUUUCUAGUUCUCACCUGUAUAAACAAAAAAAAAAAGAAUUAAAUUGA